UAUGUCUAUGAAAAAGUAAGUAACUGGUGGUAAAACAACGAGAUCAAAUAGCAAAUAAUCUACGAGUAAUCCAAUGACAGUAAGAAAAAGAUUUUCAUCAUUAUGUUCACCGUAAUUGAAAUGUUUUUAUAUGUUGAAUAGGUCCAACAACUAAAAAUAAACAAAUUGCGUAUUUUGUCAAAAGUUCAAAAAUUGUAAAGAAGAAUCGUAUGCUCCACUUUUAAACAAAGCAUUAUUUGCAAAAUAUUCAUCAUCCUAAAACUAUUAUUAUUCAAAGGAUAUUAACGAUAUAAUUGAAGAGGAAUCAACUCCAGCAGUAGUAUUUUAUAGAGAUUUAGAAAGUAUGAUUGAAGAAGAAGAGUAUUUGAAAAGGUAAGAAUGAUGCUAAAUUGUUUAGAUCCUAUGUUAAAAAAGAAGCAGUAUAAAAAGUCAAAGCAUUAUAAGAAUACUAUAAAUAUCAUAAGGAUAUUCCUAGACUAUUUAUGCAAAAUGUUUAUUUGACCAUAAAUAAGUUCCAUGAGAAAAAGAGGAGAUUGGAAUAUGCAAAUAUAAAAAGGAAAUUAAAUAUUCCAGAUGAAGAUAUAGUAAAUCAAUUAUUAAAUUUAGUAACCAGAAAAAAAGAAGGAGAAGAAAAAACCAAAACAUAGUGAUGAAGAUUUAACAAUCGGAUAAUUAAAAUAUUUAUUGAAAGAUUUAAAAUUAGACACUAAUUCUUAUCUCCAAAAAAAAGUUGACAUCUCUAGUAGUGUUUAAUUAAAAGAAUUCAUUUAGUAAGUAGGAUAGAAAUAUGAUUGUCUCGGAUAAAUAUCAGGAUUAUUAUCUAUCGAUUAGAGCAACAGUUUUCUCUUAAGAUCUUAAGACCUUUCAACAAUUACUAAAAAUUUAAAAUCUAAUUAUAUGACAAAUAUUAAACCUAAGAUUAACAAAAGUUCUUUGUUAAAGAAUUUUGAUUCAAAGACAACUCAUUAAAUUAGUUGUUAAGGAAGUCUUGAUAAAAUUAACAUAAAUCGAUUAUAGUUUAACUAAGGUGAAGUAUCAUCUCUAAAGGCAGAGAAUUCUGUGAAGAUUGGAGAGUAGACAAAAAGAUCAAAUUAAGAACAAUCUCCUUUAAGAUGUUCUUAACAAUCAUAAUUGAUGUAAAAAGUAUACUCGCAAAUUGAAGGAUUUGCCAAUUUUGUAUAAUAAUAGUAAACUAUGCAGAUGCAAUAAUAAAAGGUUAACAAUACUUAGAAAUCUAAUUCUUCUCAACGUAAAGUUAGUUCCAACUUUAAUACAACGGAAUCUUAAUUCAGAUUACCAAGUAGAUAAAAUUCAACAUAAAAGUAAUCAGCUGAUUUGUUAUCUUAUUAAGUUAAUUUCUUGUAAUUAUUAUUGAUAAUCCAUUAAUAGAAGAACCAGAGUAGCCUCAUAACUAUAAAAAUAUGAAGAUGAUAAUAAAAGUAUAUUCAAUUUUUGUAUUAAAGUAGGUAAAUAGGCUUUAGCAACAGAUAGAGUUUAAAGAUAGAGUGUAUACAAUAGUGGAGAUUAGAAUAUAUAAAAAGCAGGAUCUAAAAAUAUGUAAUUUAAUAAAUAUAUAAAUUUAGAUAAAAGUUGCCUCAAAAAUUCACUUAAUAUGCCCUAUCUACAUUGAAAGGAUUAUAAGUGAAGAAUUCUGAUUAAAAAAAGAAAUCUACUUUAAUCUCUAAUAAUAAUUUGUAAGCACCUAUUUUAAAUGCUUAAUUAAUGCAUUACAGAACAAAAUCUCAAGAAACUCUAGGAAGUUAUAAAGGUUCACCUCCAAAAUAAGGAUAAAAACAGGAAAAUUCAAAAGAUCCAUUAAGAAUAACCAAUAAUAUUUGUGUUUAAGGUUCAACUAAAAAAGGAGGUGGUGUAUACAAUAUUAACUAAAACAAUAUAGUUAAUAUUUAUAUUGAAGAUCUAAAAUCAUCAGCCAAAUUGAAAUAAGGAGGCUCACAAACUGCUCGAAUAAAUAGUCCAUUAAAAAAUAAUACUAAAGGAGUAUUUGAAGUUUACAAUACCCAAAGGACUAAUUUGAGUCCUGUGAGUAAGAAAAUGGCUUGA